GUGGAAAGGUCCCUAGCCAGCAUAGCCCCAGAGAUGAUGCACCAUGGGAGCUGUAGUCCCUCCCCAUUCCUGUGCCACACUUGCCAACCCUUGCUUUAAGAGAGACUGGAAGAGACACCUCUCUUGCUCAGGGUAGCUGAUUCCAUCUUCAAACACCUCAUCCCCUGACUGCCAUUUUCCUUGUUAACUCUGCUUUCUUUGAGUAACUUUGUCACCUUCCUCCUCUGAAUGCAUUUCAUUUCAUCUGCAUCCUUUUUAAAGGAUGUUCUGUCAUAGGUAUGGGUCCAUUUUUGCUCCCUGCCCUGCACAGAUGGGGUGGGAAACCAUGCCUUCCUUCUGGAGAUGUGUGUGUGUGCAACAUCACGGCCAUGUUCUGCCCCUUGCACUAAAGGGAACAAAAGGGCUUGGAAGCCCCCCUCAUCCCACUCCCAUAGUUCUCUUUCCAGCGGAGUCAUUCCUGGGUGAAGCCACUGCUCCCUUUCCUUGCAAGAGGGCAAAGGAGCAAAGGAGGCUGCCCUCUGGAAGGGAGUUCCUUCCUUACCAGGAUUUUAAAUCACACCCAGCCAGACUGACCUUUGUAGUUUCAGGGUGGAAACCUAAACACAUUUGCAAGCUCUCACCUGAUCAGUACGAAAACAGGGCAGGAGCCUGCCCAGCCUUUAUUCAUCAGUCUCCAAGUGGGCAGUUUUGUGGCCCCUGAGAUGGCCAGGGCCCUUUUUCUUUAGGGGAGGAGGGCUGGAGGAAAGCGUGCUGUUGAAGGGCAACUGAGGGAUGCUGGAGGUUGCAAUCCAACAAAACCUGGACGGCUGUACGACUGGAGGGCUGUUGCUGCAAAAGGGUUGGACUGCAGCCCAGUAUUCCUUCUCACCUUUCCCUAUAGUGGCUUUUGGGGCUGAUAGGAGAUACAGUCCAGCAACAUCUGGAAGUAGUGGUGCCAUGGGGGGAAUCCAGUGCAUGCGGUCACCCCAGGCUGGUUUUGUCUGCUGGCUAGCUCUUCUCUCAGGAAUGGGCCGCCUUCCUUCCUUCCUUCCCCCCUUUCUUCACCAGGCUGACCAGGUACAACAGCUCCAGCUUUUCAAGAUGGAAAAAGAUGCUCCUGGUUUUGGAGGUUGCUUCCAGAGUCUGGACUGUUUUGCUCAUGGCCUCCUAAGGAGGCUGCCCAUUAAGAUGAAGUGUGUGUGUGUGUGUGUGUGUGUGUGUGUGUGUGUGUCCCAUCGGGAUGCUCUGGAUGGCCCUCCCGCUACUGCAGGCUCCAUCCCACUAUUUUUUAGUAGUUAGGCUGGUCACUUGCCUUUGGCACUUGGUUUGUUUGGGGCUUUUUAUUUGACUGCAUCUGACUUUGCCUGUGCUUGCUCUCCCAUCACCAUAAUAAUAUGAAUCCUUUCAAUUACGAAAGUCAAGCUUGUCUUCAGGAAUCAGAAACUGCGCUCUGCUUAGCAACUGCAUCUGUGUGAGCUGCUAAACCCUCUGGUUUAAGCUAAGUGAAUUUGGGCCGAAGUGAAAUAUUCCUUAAGCGGGAGCUUUGGUGGCUUCUCCUGUGGGCCAUCCAUCCGAACCACUUCCUUGAGCUCCAUCCAGAUUACUUUUGAGGAGAGCCCUCAGCAACUUCCCGCUGUAACAGUGAGCCAUGUGGCCUGCACUGACCGGUCGGAGCGAGGCAUGUUGUUGCAGUGCCACCUCUCUGCUGAUGCCAUGCAGUUUCCCGUCUUGGUCACUCAGCAGAGUCCGGCUGCCGUUUCCAUGGAUACCUACCAGGUCACUUUGGCUGUGCUGCAGGCCCAGCUGGAGAUCCGUCUGGAGGAAAUUCAGGACGAGGGGCUUCUGGUCUCCUGGGCGUUCAGAGGCAGGCCGGGCCUGAACCUCUCCGUGGUCCCAAGGCUCCAGUUGCAUGAAGAAAAUGAUUUGAAAGUGGACCAGUCCACUAUAAAGGACCUGAUUGAAGACUCUUUGAUCAGCACCCAGCCAGCCAUGAUGGUCAAUCUGAAGGCCUAUGUCACAGGUGGCAAUCUGUCAUCUUGUAACAAGCUCUUCCCAGGGUCUGUGUCCGGCUCGGCUGCUCCUGUGGUACCCAAGCUGCUGCUCCAGAACCUCUGUGGGCUCCACCUGGGAUCCGAAGAAGCUCCAGGAGGCAGGCAACUGUGUUGUGUGGUGGAGCUGGACAAUCCACAGCAGCAGAAGAGGACAAAGCCGGUGCUGGCCAGCAGCUCAGGCCCUGCAGCCGAGGUGGAGUGGCCGGAGAAGCUGGUUCUGGAUUUUGGACCUUGGAGCAAAGAGUUGAAGCUCAGCAUCCUUGAAAGCAGCAGCAACAGCAAUGGAGGCAGCCCUGGGGAAGAGGUACUCCUAGGAUUUGCUGCCGUCCCACUGAACUCCCCUCCCAAAGACCCUUGGGGGCAGCAGGUCUACUCUCUCAAACCGGGCCCUUUCCAGAAACUGCCCUCAGCUGCGGCUAUAGCAAUGGAGUUGCUCUAUCAGGAACUCCCAGAGUGUCAGCCAGCAGCUUCGCUGCGCACCAGCAUCACUCCCACCAAAAAGAUAGAGAUGGACCGCACCAUCAUGCCUGACGGGACCAUUGUCACCACAGUCACAACCAUCCAGUCCAGGCCCAAGGUGGACUGCAAGCUUGAUUCACCCUCGAGGUCUCCAUCCAAGGUGGAAGUGACGGAGAAGGUGACCACGAUGCUUCCGCAGAAUGGCUGCCCUAUCAGCGCUUCCCCCACCAGCAGCCGAAGCAGCCAUGUCUCCAAUGGCCUGGACCCUGUGGCUGAGACAGCAAUCCGGCAGUUGACAGAUUUGACCAACAAGCCUGUCAAGAAGACGCCAACGAAGCGCAGCACACUGAUCAUCUCAGGAGUUUCCAAGAUACCCAUUGCUGAAGACGAGAUGGCCCUCUCCCUUGGCUACGCUGCGUCGCUGGAGGGCACGCUGCAGGACGACUCCAUUUUGGCUGGCAUGUUGGAGUACACCCAGAGCUUCACAGACCCCACUCAGCAUCAGCUAGAGGCCUCUUAUGCCACCCAGAGGGCCAGCCAGGACCUGGACGAGGCCACGCGCUCAGACAUUUCCGAAAGGGCCUCUGUGGACGACAUGGAAUCGGAAACGGGCUCCAUGGGCGCCUUGGAGACUCGGAGCCUCAAAGACCACAAGGUGAACUUCCUCCAGAGCGGCACCAAGCUCAUCUUCCGGAGGAAAAACAAGCAGAAGGAAGCUGGACUCAGCCACUCCCAUGAUGACCUGCCCAACGCCAGCGCCGGCUCAGCCACCCGGAAAAAGUCCGGCAGCUUCUCCCGGCGCCUUAUCAAGCGCUUCUCCUUCAAGACUAAGUCGAAGCCCAAGGCCAACGGGAGCACAAUGGCCAUGGACAAGCACUGAGGGGCAGAUGGUGGCCAGACCAUGUCCUCCUAAGGCCCUCUGUCUUGUUAAUGUCCCCCCACCCCAACCUGCUCCGAAUUUGCAUAUUUGGCCUACCCCCAGUUCCUCUUCCCUCCCAGGUGAAGGGAGCAUGGUGAUCUCCGGGAGGCCUACCUGGAUGGUUGGCGUUUGAUGUCUGGCACUUUAGGUCGCUGUUAGUGACCGUGACCACCAUGAGGGCUCUGGCUAAUUUUGGAGGUGGGGCCCCCUCCACCAACAGAAUUUGAAAUCCAAGGAGGGCACGAAGGACAUGGUUUUGUGGUGGCUAAUGCCACAGUCUCCCCUACUCUGUUUGGAGUGUGUUGUCUGCAUAAGGUACUGCUAAAGGGGGAAGGAGUGUUGUGCCAGCUGGUCCUCUUGCCACCUUGCUGGCCUUUGUUGGCCCUGCUGCUGUGGUCCAGUUGCUGUGGACCAGGUGAGCAAAUUGGCUGAACCGGUGGCUUCCUCUCCCAGGCAGGCUGAUGGUGUUGCUCUCGCAAGGCCAGCUAGGCUCACCCUCCAACUCUGAGGGACACAGUCCAGCUGCCACCGCUGCCUUCCUCCUGCAGGAGUCGCGAAAGGACUGUUGUGUUGUUGCAGCAGGGAGAGAAGAGAGUUUGCCACCUUCCCAGACGAGACAGGGAGCAGGUCCUUCUCUGUGAAACAAACUGAGCUUCACUUCCAUAGGAAGAAUGGUGUAGUUCUGCCCUGCGUCAGGGCAUAAAAGAGGUAGCAUGGUGGGCAGAGGCCUUCAACUGGUGCUUGGAGAGAAAGCGAGGAUGGCCUUUGCAAGAGAACCGUACGCUUGGCGCCGAGUGAUGCAACAUGAGACAUUGUGCUGAAGCCACAUUCCAAAAAGGCCUGCCACGGGUCUUGGAAUGGAGGUUAGCCGUAGGGCCGCCACGCGUGAUCCUGGCAGGCGGUGUGUGUGUGUAGUUGAGAAGGGAGAGGGAAGGGGGCUGGUCCCUCCCCGCAGGUGACCGAAAAGGGAUGGAGUGCUGGGGGUGGGAGGGUUGGAGAGGCUUUUGCCAUAAGAGCUUCAGGUGAGCCAAAAUGUCUGUACUCAGGUUUUGUAAGGAUGGCAGAAGAGUCUGUGUUUUUUCAUCAUCAGAGGCAGCAGCUUCAGGGAUGCUUGACCAAAUCAUGGGAAGAUGGAGGAGACGAAGACAAGUCUGUUCAAGGAGGGUUGGCGGUGGCAGAAAGCCUCCUGUAGACUUUCUGAAGGGCUGCAGAGAGGAGGCUUGGCUCCAAAUCCACAUCCCCAGGGAUGGGUGAGUGAGACGGAGGCCUCUCCCUGGCAGAAGUGAGCUCUGAGGUGGGGCAAGCACUGGGAGUUAAACAACCACACUGGACUUGGAAUCUGGCCACUGUGAGAUGAAGGAGAGCCAGCAUCCCUUUGAGUCUCCACUGGGGCCAAAGGCAGUCAUGGCAGAUGGGUCUGUGGCAUUUUAGGCUUAUGUGGAAGGGGCUCGGAUGAGGCAAAAUCUGUCAUGGCAUGUGCUGCAGAAGGUGUUCCUCAGAGUUACCUCUCCACUGACACCCAAUGAACCAUGGCAGACUUUGCUGCCCUAGUCCUAUGCGAAAAGAGUGUGGGGUGAGGGAUGAAGCUUCUCUGGGGCAUCUCCUCCUGGCACAUGGGGGCUGUGCUGCUGCAAUGGAGAAGGCAAGUGCCUUUCCCUGCCCCAGUUGUGGAAGCCCUUUGUGCCACUGGGGAUGCUGGUGCCAGGCUUGACCCCGCCAGUUGUGGAAGGAUGCAGGGGUCCAGGUAAGCUGAAGCCCCCCUUCAGCUGCUGCUCUAACAAGGAAGGUUGGCUGCACAGCUUUUCUCUUUACCUUCCCUCCCACAUCCUCAGUGCAAACCCUUAAUCUGAAUGAGUCCAGUUUGAGUCAUCAGCCACCAUCUAUUUGACAUUCUUGCUGUAUUUGUUGGUGGAUUGCAGAUUCCUUACAGCUACGGUUGAAAUGCUUUGACUUAUGGCAGCCCACGACCUGCCUUAGGGUACGUUUUGCAUUUGCAGGGGUUUAUGGUCGGAAAUCGCGAUGGAUCCCCUUAGUGAACAUUUCCAGCAUUUCUUCCUGUCCUUGGUUUUCUGUAAGGCCUGCCCACCGCUUUGGUUUGCAUGGGAACAGAUUGCUGGCAUGCCUCAAUGUCAAGUCAGCCUUGAGGGAAGGGACAUUGCUCACAGUUGUAAAUGGUUCUUUGGAAAACCAAAAGGGUUGGAGCAAGGAUGAUCGGCCAGCUGCUCUGGACUACCUCUCAAGGGUGAUGGAGCUCAAGCUGAACAGUCACCAUUUAAAAGUUGGUUUCCUCCAGAAGCAGAUCUCCGCUGGUCUCCCUGAUUUCAUCUCUUUUGAUUCAGAACUGGCAAAGGGUUUGAUUCUGCCUCCUGCAAGCAUUCGUUUCAAAGGGAGAGCAGCUGCCUCUUUUGCCAGGAUGAGGUGGAAGCCCAGGACUCUGGCACAUGACUCUUCCUACCACUUUAUUUUUUAAGGGCCAUGGUCUGCCCAGUCAGUAUCUGGCACAACGAGGAAAUUAAAUGUAGAGAUUACUUGCAUUGAGUAAUGAAGGAUUCCCCUGGCCAGCAAGAGACAAAGAAUUAAAAAGCACAGGCUGAACUCUGCAUGGCAUGGAUGCCAAUGAAUGGCUUAGCAUAGACUCACACACAGCAUAACUGGGAGGGCGGGCUGGGCAGCUGCUUUGCUGUCCAGAGAGACCCCUUCUGCUGCUGCUGCUGCUCAGGGUUUGUCAAAUGGGAAUUGUGUUCAAUGGUAGUUUUCCUGCACAGGGAGAUGGGCCUCGUGGCUUGUUUCACAAAGAGCACUUGAGUGAUAUGAAUGUCUGCUGGGGCUAAAUGUCAGUGUUUUAAGGCUCAAGGGUCUUCUCCUUUCAACCCUCCCCCUCCCUUGCCUCCCCAGGGCUGAAAGGGGGCCAUAUUUGCAAAUGCAAGGUGGAGGGUGAGGGAGAAAUAAUAAUAAUAAUAAUGUUUAUUUAUGUAUAGCCUUUCCCUUAACUUUCCACCCAAGUCCUCUUGGAAACACAGUGGCAGCUGGGUUAGGAAUACUGAAACCGGUGCCAAAUGGAGCUGGGGGCACAUAGGAGGGAAAGAGGCUAUACUUUUUGGUGUUCACAGGUUUGGAUCAUGGCACUAGGCAUUAGAAUGGGGCAUUGGAGGAAGGCUGGCAGGACCUGGCUCCUUCCCUGCCCCCCCCCUGCCUGCAGCAUCCUUUCUGAAUCACUCUCGUUCUUCCCUGCCAUUUGAAGAAGAGGGAGGGAUGGCAGGCCUUUAACUUACCAAGUCCUGGGCCACCCAUGAUGCCCAAGGCAGGAUGGAGUAGCAGCAGCUGUGGGGCUGGCAAGGCGGGUUUUCACGGCAUUAGUCACGUUUGUAGUGGCACAAAGAGAAUGCCAGGCUCCUUGGUGUUGGGCUGGAUAGGAAUGAGCUGUUUCACCCCGAUCUCCGUCACACUGAUUCCACACAGUCCUUCUCUGUGUAGGUGUUGCUGCCUCUUUGCCGGUGCCAGCUUUCUUGGCAGGCACUGGGCCAGAGUUGUCCCUUUUUGCCCAUCCCAAGGAGCCCAUAAAGGCACCCUGUCCUCCUGGCUCCUUCUCUGUGGGUGGGUCACUGUAACCCUCAGAUCGUUUAGAUUAAAAGAAAUAGGGAAUGUGUAGAUAUUUAAAGGAGUAGAGUAAAAAAAAAAAGAGAUUUAAAGAAGAUUAUGAAAUAAUUCUGCACCUUUGUUGGAGGGGUUCACUGCAAUGUGACAACCUGGACUUUAACUUAUUAAACUCAACCGUGCCCACCA